UCCAGGGCUAGAAAAGAGCGUUGAUGCCGGCGGUAGCAAUGAAUCCUAGGAGGCGCGGGCUGGUCUGCGGCGUCGAGGAGCGCCUGCUGCUGCCGGUGGCUUCUUUGCAGAUGUAUUGCUGGUCUUGAAGAUUAUCCCAUUUGAAAACACCAAGGAAGUUCAGCCACCAGUAUGUCCAAAUACAAACUUAUUAUGUUAAGACAUGGAGAGGGUGCUUGGAAUAAGGAGAAUCGAUUUUGUAGCUGGGUAGAUCAGAAACUUAACAGUGAAGGACUGGAGGAAGCUCGGAACUGUGGGAAGCAACUCAAAGCACUUAAUUUUGAGUUUGAUCUUGUAUUCACAUCCGUUCUUAAUCGGUCUAUCCACACAGCCUGGCUGAUCCUGGAAGAGUUGGGGCAGGAAUGGGUUCCCUUGGAAAGCUCCUGGCGUCUAAAUGAACGUCACUAUGGAGCCUUGAUCGGGCUUAACAGGGAGAAAAUGGCUUUGAAUCAUGGUGAAGAACAAGUGAGGCUCUGGAGAAGAAGCUACAAUGUGACUCCACCUCCCAUUGAGGAGUCUCAUCCCUACUACCAUGAAAUCUACAGUGACCGAAGGUAUAAAGUGUGUGAUGUACCCUUGGAUCAGCUGCCACGAUCUGAAAGUUUAAAGGAUGUUCUGGAGAGACUCCUUCCCUACUGGAAUGAAAGGAUUGCCCCAGAAGUACUAAAAGGCAAAACCAUACUGAUAUCUGCUCAUGGGAAUAGCAGUAGAGCCCUCUUGAAACAUCUGGAAGGUACCAGCUUCAUUUACUAUUUAUUAGAGGUUGCUAAGCGUUAG